UCGUGUGUAUUUUUUUUGCGAUGCAGAUAAUCACAUCCGUUGCGGAGAUUUUGCUUAAACGGCUUUGCAGAGCUGACGCACCGCGUCCGUGCCAUCGCUGGUGGUCCCCGUGCCAUGCCCAUAUAUAUGCUCUGACGGCCUCGGUGGCUCUGCGCGCAACAGCAACGCAUCGCCGCGGCCAGGAUCAGGAAGUGGAUGUGAAGCAACUAAGCGACUGUGGAGGUAGGAUGACAUAGAGGGGGAGAGGUGUAAGCGAAGCGAGCGGAAAGAAAGAAGAGACCAUCGGAGGGAGGGAUCGACCCUGUUUCUGGACCUGCACUGAGCUGCUGCCCUCUGGGAUAUAGUCCACUGCGCCGCCAAAAGAUGCUCAUAAAGGAAUUUCGAGUGAUUCUUCCCAUCUCUGUGGAAGAGUACCAGGUUGGCCAGCUGUACUCUGUGGCUGAGGCCAGUAAGAAUGAGACGGGUGGAGGAGAGGGAGUGGAGGUGCUCAAAAACGAGCCCUACGAGAAAGAUGGAGAGAAGGGACAGUACACACACAAAAUUUACCAUUUGCAGAGUAAAGUGCCAUCAUUCGUCAGAAUGUUGGCGCCAUCCUCUGCUCUCAAUAUCCACGAGAAAGCCUGGAACGCAUACCCUUACUGUCGCACAGUCAUCACUAACGAGUAUAUGAAAGAUAACUUCCUGAUCAAGAUUGAGACAUGGCACAAACCCGACACAGGACACCUUGAAAAUGUUCACGGGUUGGACCCAGAAACUUGGAAAAAGGUGGAUGUAGUCUAUAUUGAUAUUGCGGACUCAUCCCAAGUGGAACCCAAGGACUAUAAGGCAGAAGAGGACCCACGCAGGUUCAAGUCAGUGAAGACCAGCCGAGGCCCUCUAGGACCAGACUGGAAGAAGGAACUUCCUAACAAGAAAGACUGCCCACACAUGUGUGCCUACAAACUGGUCACUGUCAAGUUCAAGUGGUGGGGUCUGCAAAAUAAAGUGGAGAGCUUCAUUCAGAAGCAAGAGAAGCGUUUGUUCACUAAUUUCCACCGUCAGCUGUUCUGUUGGAUCGACAAGUGGAUCGAAUUGAACAUGGAAGACAUUCGCCGUAUGGAGGAGGAGACGCGCAAGGAGCUAGAUGAGAUGAGAGUUAAGGACCCGGUGAAGGGAAUGGUGGCUCUCGAGGACUGAGGUCGCGUCAGACUGUGAAUGCUGCUGCUCAUCAGACCAGAAUACCCAGACACCAGCGGAUUCACAUCCUCCCUCUCCUCCAACUGAUACAACACCUGACCAGUCGCUCCAAACUCUUCCUCUCCCCGGUGCAAUCUGGAUUCUCGGGGACCUGGACCCAGUAAACUCCCAGUUUUUCAGACGAUCUCCUCCACCCCAUUCCACCUCCCCCGAGUCCCAUCCGUCUCUCUUCUUUUUUUCCAUCCAGCGUCCCCAUCUUGAUAACUGCUCUGAGGCCUCUGGUAGCAACACUAUAGAUUUUGUCGGUCAGUCAGUCCUCUCUUUCUCUCUCAGUCUCUAAACCGUUCUAAACUACAGAGAAUAGUGUCAUAUACUCUGCAAUUUAGGAUUUUAUUUCUACUUAAGAUAUCCCAAUGUGUACAUAUACAGUAUAUCCGGGAGCUGAAUAAUUGUAUUGAAAUAUAUAUAUAAAUAUAUAAAUAUAUAUAAACAGGGUUUUUAAAAAUGAUUUUGUCCCUCCGUUUGUCUGUGGAUGUGUAUUGUUUCCAGACCAAGCUGUGUCUGCUCAGUGUUGCGUUCUGAUCCUGUGAUAGUUUUUUUUCUCGUUUUACUUUUAUUUCUUAUUUUUUCUGGAUUAAUCGUAGUACCUCCCUUCGCUCCAUUCGUGUCAUGUUUUAGGCAGUGGGGAUUUUUGUUGUCAAUUUGCUAAAUCUACAAAACCGCAGCUGCACGGUUCGCAAUUGUGCUCAGAGUGUCAUGUUGUGUCUGUUGUGCUCCUGGCCUAUCACAUAGGAUUUCUUCGCUGUAUAUCCCUUGAUAUGUUGAUGCGUUCAUUAGGGUUUUCUGCCGCUUUGUGAGUUUGUGUGUGUGUGUGUGUGUGUGUGUGCGAGUGUAUGUGUGUGUUUCUGUAGACAUUGUAGGUCUUCAAGGUUUCCAGACAUAUUUUUUUAUAAUUUUUCCUUCACCAGAUCAUUUCUAGCUCGAGGAACAUUUCUAGUCAGGCUGUUCAAACAGUACAGUAAUGCAGACACACACACACACACACACAAAGAAAGACUGUCUUCUACAAAGUUAGAAGAUGAAAUGUGUGUAACGCUACAAUGGAAAAUGCACAGUAGAUAAUUAGAGGGAGUGUAGGACUCUCUCUUUUUUCUCUUGAGUCUGACAAUCCGUCCGUCCACAUCAUUCAGAGAGGUUAAAUGCAAAACUUGUCAACAUGGUGCAGAUGUUAAAACGAACAGCCAUCCAGGAUAUACAGUGCGGUAGAUAGAGAAACUAAUGUUAUUUGAAAUAUUUACAUCCUCUGCAUGAUUUUAUUUUUGGCCUGUCAGCCAUUCUGUCAUUCCUCCAGUGGAUAAAUGGUAUUAUCCAGUGAUAGCAAUAACUACCAUGACGCAUUGGUUCUUACCUUUUACCAUCACAAAAUCCAUUUCACUUGACAGUUUGUUUUUAGUCAUGACAACCGCUUUAGUGAAACAGUGUCCGAGCUGAGAGUCAAGUUGUUGGUGAAAUAUAUAAAUGCUGGUUUUAUUGUGAUUGGAUGAGGUGUUUGUUUUUUUCUCCCGCUGGAAUCUGAAUCUGUUGUUUGUGACGGUGUUGGUUUUUUGCGGUAUAUGCAUGAGUGUACAUGAGUGAUGUACGGUGUCUUGUUGAAUAGAUCUGAUGCUGGCUGGGUAAAGAAGGGAGGACGUAUAGUGAAGCUAGAGGAGCGAUAACAACAUGCGUUAUACCUCUUUCGCUUGUUGAUGUUUGUUUGGCCUCUUUUGUCCUCAGUCACUUUUAUUUUCCUCUUUUCCUCCAUUUCCUUCAUCUCCUCCAUAUGUUCGCACAGUGUGGGAACUUCAGAGAGAAAGCAACAGAAAAUCAUCGGUAUAAUGCUGCUGACACAGGUAUUCACUCAGAGUUAAUACAAUGGGAUUGGAUUAAGUGUAAUGGACAAAUUACUGCCAUCAAAACAUGUAUUUAUAGUUAUAAGCAAAUAGAUUGCAUUGAGAUUUGUGGAUAUAAGAAAAAAUUGAUAUUUUUUGGCAUUUUACUGGAUCAAUUCAAUUAACCCAGAAUUCUGGUCAAGACUAUGAAAGAGAAUUGCAAUCGCUUGAGAAAAACAUCUCUGUUUUUCAGCCUUUCUCGCUAAUUCUGAAAAAUAGAGCACAUUUCUAGAGUGAAUUCAAUACACUUAAGUAAAACUCAACCAUGGUGAGGCCAACUAACCAUUAACAAUCUUCUCUUUAAUAUCUAUCUAGUGACACUUCCUCCCUGUCUUGAUUGAGUAUCUGUUGCCUCCUCUUUGAAGAAGACCCACUGUCCCCCCCCCCGGGCGUCCCCCCUCCUUCCCCCUCUCUCUGUGUCCAUCACGCAUCUCACCCACUGUCAGUGAGUGGGGCUACCAACUGAAUCAUGGAGAUUUUGUGGACGUACUGUAUGUACUGACUUUGUAAAUAGAAAAUAAAGUAAUGUAGAUGAACACAUAAAUAUAUAUAUAUAGACCAGACUGUCCUGCCAAAAACCUACAGCACCCCCUCUUGGCACUUGAUCCUCUUAUUCCGUCCGUCCGAAAUCUUCAGCAUCACACAGACCAGAGUGACCAAGUUGCUCACAGAGGUGUUGUGAGGAUGUGUAGAGAUAUAGUCGUAGUGCUGAUAAGACCAUUUCGAGGAGUACUGUCAGCUGUAGACAUAAUUAAAUGAAUUCUUACAUAUUGUUAGUGAUUUUUUUUUCUUUGUCUGCUGGCUGCAGAUUUUUAGGAUGCGCCAGCAAAGCAGUGGAGAGAACAAAAAUAAUGAAAAGCAAAAAGCCUGCUCACUCCUCCCUCUCCUCACGCUCUUCCCUCCUCACAGGGACCACGUCUCAUUGACAGGACAGUGUAUAGAUAUAUAUUUUUGUUCUGGGUGUUGUUGUACCUCUGUUGUCGGUCUCUGAACUACACUCGCCUCUCUCUCACGGGACGUAUUCCAUAACGGCAGCUUGGGUCAGGCCAUUGAUCCACAUUACUCGCGGAUGAUGUCGGCACUACAAGUGGAGCCUGGGUUAGAUUUGGAUCAGUUGUGCCCCUCUUGUGAUUGGUGAUGGAGGGAAAUUACUCCUCUGAGCAGAAAAAGGUAGAUCCAUUUUAAGAGCCUGACACAUCACACCAACCGGCGAGAGAACGUGGUUUAACAGAGACAAUCUCAUAGAUAUCUGUCGUUAGAUUCCUCAAUUCAUAAUCAGAGUAUGAAACCAGAUGAUUCCAAAACUGUUUUGAAAUUGUUAAAUCUCUCUCUCUCUCUCUCUCUCUCUCUCUCUCUCUCUCUCUCUCUCUCUCUCUCUCUCUCUCUCUCUCUCUCUCUCUCUCUCUCUCUCUCUCUCUCUCUCUCUCUCUCUCUCUCUCUCUCUCUCUCUCACUCACUCUCUCACUCCUGUUGACCUGUCUCCUGUUUUUCUUUCUUUUAUUGUGAAUUUGUGCCUUUUUGUCAUCUUAUCUUCCAAUAACACUACUGUACAUUGGAGACGUAAGAAAUGAAUAAAAAGAAGCAGAGCAACUGUACAGAC